CUCUACCACAAAACUGAAGCAGCUCACACGGACCUCAUCCCGAAGGUCUACGAAGGAGGUUUCAAGGUUUGGGAAUGCACGAUCGACUUGAUAAAGGUCCUUUCAAACCGUCUCGAGUUGAUCAAAGACAAAUGUAUUCUGGAUCUCGGCUGUGGAGCUGGACUUGUCGGCCUGUAUUGCGCCGAGCAUAAAGCCAGAGAAGUCCACUUUCACGACUACAACGCUCCCGUCAUACGCCACCUCACCGCACCAAACUGCAAGCUCCUUCGGAACACAGAUGUCAAAAUUCGAUUUUUCUGCGGUGAUUGGGCGCUCUUCCAGGCUCCGACGAAGUACGAUAUGAUUGUCACGAGCGAGACCAUCUAUCGCCAAGAAAACUACAAAUCACUUUUGGACCUUUUCACGCAUUGUCUCAAACCUGGAGGUCUGGUGAUUGUUGCUGCCAAGGCUGUCUACUUCGGAGUGGGCGGGUCCGUUCACGAAUUCCAAGAGUUCUGCAAGCAGAGCCUCUGGAACGUGCAGACAUUGUGGAAAGGAAACGCUGAUGUUCCCCGUGAGGUGUUCGCUUUGCAACGGUAAUCGCGGAGUAGGAGAAUGGCUAACGAAGGUGGACAUCGCCCGAAUGCUUAAGUGUGGGUGGAACCCUCGCGUGACGCGUACUCUUUUUCCCUUUAUAGAACACGCGUUUAGUACAGGGAUGAUUACUUCUCCGACAAGUACUUACAUUAUUGAAUUGGGCUCUGGUUCGAGCAAAAUGUCGUCAUCCGUGUGAUUUCCGGGCUCUCUCGAAUAGGAUGGGUCUGCGCGUUAUCCUGAAUAUAAUUUCACUCGUGAGUGUGAGCAUGUGUGUACGUGAUAGCCAGUUUCCGACCUUCUCUGGAUGAAUAUUGUUAAUGAAUGAAGAUCAUCGGGUUCAGACGGC